GGUCUAUAUUUUUCCUGUGAAAUACAACAGUAUAUGGGCGAUGAAAACCCUGAAUUGGCUGAAAGGCAAAGCAAAGAAUUCUUCAUUUGCUUUGUCUUCAGCUGGAAAUUCCACUGUAAAUUAUCACAGUGCAGAUAUUUAUACCAAUUUUUUGUUGCGUGAGAUUCGAACACUUAACCUGCCAGCAGUAGUUUGAUAGCUAUUAAUGCAAAUAGAUAAGAAGAUGCUUUUAUUUAUUUAUUUUAUUAAGUUUCAGUACACUCGAAUUUAAUGAGAUUCCCGUCGGCUGCAUCUUUGACGGAGAAUUGAAAUGCUUUCGUCCCGAUCUGAGUGGCAGAGAGUUUAUAUUUUUGGUAAGGCAGAGUUGCAGACAUGUUCGUAGUUUUUCUGUUCUGUUUGACGGAAAUUUGGAGUUGAAGAUUGGAGGAAAAAGCGUUGAGCGGUGGAUAUUUUGCGCGCUUGUGGCGUCAGCAUUUGACAGAAUAGACUGACUGCAAAUUAACUCUGAAUACUAUGAGAUGUCUUUGCAGUACCUAUGUCAAUCAAUUGGCCCUGUGAAGUGGGUCGUAUUUUGAUAGGUAAAUUAUGUCUGUUUACAGGUGAUCUCACUAAAUCUCUCACAUCAUGUUUCAAGCGAAGAAGUUUAUGUCUAGCCUUGUUCCUCAAAGGCUCCAUACACCUGAACAACGGAGUGCAGGCCCACUAGUGGUUCCUUCUAGUUCAACUGGUAGUCCAGCUACGUCUGGAGGUAGUGCAUCAGCAAAACAACGAUUACGCUGGACACCUGAAUUACAUGACCGAUUUGUGGAGGCAAUUGCUCAGCUUGGUGGUGCAGAUAGUAAGCUACUUGUUGAUCUUCUGUUAGUUAUAUGGUCAUAUGAUCCAAAUAAAGUAUGUAUAUGGGCUACGCCUAAGGGAGUUCUUAAGGUUAUGGGUGUCCAAGGGCUUACUAUCUAUCACGUGAAAAGCCAUUUACAGAAAUAUCGACUAGCAAAGUACAUUCCAGAGUCAGUAGAAGGUGGAAAAUCUGAUAAGAAAAAGGGCAGUGAGCUAGUUUCAAAACUGGAAGCUACAUCGGGAACUCAAAUCACAGAAGCUCUUCAGAUGCAGAUGGAGGUUCAAAAACGAUUGCAUGAACAACUUGAGGUACAAAGGCAUUUACAAUUACGAAUUGAGGCUCAGGGUAAAUAUUUACAGAAGAUCAUUGAAGAGCAGGAGAGAGCCAAAAAUCAAUCAUCCUCUUCCCCUGAACUCUCCGCUCGUUCUGAAGAACCUGAUGAAGGUAUAGACAAUGCUUUUCCGAAUUCUGAUGGUCAACGAAAGAGUGGCAAAUUGGAUGAGAUCCAAACAAAAGAUGGGAACAUUACCAUGCCUCUGGUUGAUAUUACUCAAAAGCAUCAAGAUGUAGGUGUUAUUCACCAUAGAGAGGAAGAGCAACAUCAAGCUUCCUCCUAUUCAUACAUGGGCAGUGAUGGUAUUGCAGAUUCAGCUAGUCCUGAGUUUGGACCACCUUUGAAAAGAAGCAGAUUCAACAAUGAUGUUGAGAACUUGGCAAGUCAGCCAUAUAAUGAACAGCGACUGAUGCCAGUGUCAUUCUCUAGCCAGUCCUCACAUUUUAGAGUUGAAAAAUCACCUGGUUCAAACUACCAAAGCAGGGUUGUAAGUUUGACAAGGCAGGUUGAGUCUCCUACACCAUCCCAGCAUACUGCAGACUUGCCUGUGCAAGAAUUGUCAGAGAACUUAUCGAGAGAUGAUGUAGACCAAAUUCCUCAUGCCCACGACUUUUUUAAACAAUUCUUGGAGACAAAUGCAUCUGCUUCCAUGGGAUUUGUGUCUUCUCAAUCUCAUAUUCAAAUUCCAACUUGUUUGCAUGCAUCGAAUCUGUCUAGUGCAUCUCAAGGUGAAUUUUCAAGUGCAUUGGAUGGCCGUGAUGGACACCAUAAUGUUCCAUCUUCCCAAGCUGGUUUGUUUCCACCAUGGACAUAAGUGAACCAAGCCGGUUAAUCCCAAAGAUUUGAUAAAAUGGGUCUUUAAGUUCAGGGCUUAAUACACUGAUACCAAUCAGAGUAUAACAUGUAACAUAUGGUAAAUAAACUUAGUUUUUUUUCAUGGUAAGUCCGUCCCCCACUCUGCCUUAUAUGCCCACAACCAAAAACCAAGACAUGUCUAAAUGUUCAUGAUAUUCUUAGAGGGAACCUUAUUAUCAUAUUACGCCAAGAAUAUCACUGUUAAAUGUUAUAUGCAACAAUUUUCAAUGUGAGAAUGAAUAUGUGGUAAACCACCUUUUCCCUUGUCACAAGGUUUGCCAUUUUACUGUUGUAAUGUGUAUACAGGCUUAUGACAUGGAUGUAGACAUUUUGUAGAUACUAAAAUUAAGGUUUAAACUGGUAACAAAUGUAGUUCUAAGUGUAAAUUUCUAUUGUUGAUGGUUAGUGCGGCUAUGAUUCUGAACAGAUGCCAUGACACAUUGUAUCUUACCAUUCUACUUUAUUAGGAGAUGGACACAUUUUGAGUACUUUCAGAUGUAUCUAACAGUCGGACAUCAUGUAACCCAGAGACAAUACAACAGAUAUACAAUCUAUUUCUUUUUGUGUAA